AGAUCUGUGUGUGUCAUGACGUUAACCCUAUUGGUCUAUCCAACAGUGUGUCCAGACAGGGAGCCCGGCCUGCAGCCAUGGACCCCCGGCCACAGUGAAGCUCACCAUGUUACCAUUGGUUAUGGCAGAAAGGUCAUCCUCACCUCUUCAGCUACUGUCCACUCCAUAGAGAUCCUCAACGGAGGAAAGUUAGUGAUAGCAGACUCGUAUCAUCCCAUCCUACUGCGUACCAAACACAUUCUGAUCGGCAACAGAGGACAGCUGCACAUAGGAAGUCCUGACUGCCCAUAUAAGGGCAACCUUACCAUCUCCUUAUUUGGAAGGUCUGACGACACAGACACAGAGCACAGUUACUUUGGCCGUAAGUACAUUGGUGUGGGGACAGGAGGGACACUGGAGAUCCAUGGGGAGAAGAAGCUGUCGUGGACCUUCCUCAACAAGACCCUGCACCCAGGGGAGAGCGAGGACAACAGCUACCUGUUCGAGAGGGGCUGGGGCAACCGGGGGAUCAUAGUUCACGUCAUCGACCCCAAGACUGGAGAAGUGCUCCACAAUGAUAGGUUUGACACAUACCGCAGUAAAGAAGAGAGUCGUCGCCUGGCCCAGUAUGUAGAUGUGGUAGACAAUGGGAUGAUUCUGGCCAUGGUGGUCAACGACGAGGGGUCUAACAACCUAGAGGACUCGGCCAGGAAGAUCCUCACCAAGCUGGGGAGUAAAGACUUCCACCGCCUGGGCUUCCGGUAGGUUCCUUGACCCCUGUCCUCCAUCCAGGGA